AUGAUAAAUCACCUAAUAAAACGUUCAUUGAUACGUUACUGUUCGAUAUCAAAACGCUACCUAUCUAGUGAAACGAGUGAUGUAUUUAAACUCCAAGAGCGCGGAUUCUUUUGUGAUAACCUUGCGGAAGUUGAUGACAAUCUGAGAAAAUUAGUCACAUCGAAAAAGCAGACGAUCUACUGUGGAUUUGAUCCGACAGCACGAUCGUUACACGUCGGAAAUCUAGUUGGUUUGAUCGGAUUGCUUCAAUGGCAACGUGCUGGCCAUCAACCGAUUGCACUCUUAGGCAGUGCCACAGUGCUAAUCGGUGAUCCAUCCGGUCGACUGCAUGAACGUAAACAAUAUCUCACCAAUGAUGAUAUUGUCUCUAACACGGAAAAUAUUGAACGAUUGAUUCGAUUGAUAUUCGCUAAUCAUGAAAAAUAUUUUUGGAAGAGUUCACAAAAGAAAUUAUUACCUUUGACUGAAUAA